CAAUAACAACUUCUCCUUCCUAUACGGUGCAUCUCUGUUUUUAGUGGCCGACAGUAAACUCUGACAUGGGAGUCUACCACGAAGUGACUUAACCACGUCUGCAGGGUUAAGAGUGUUUGAGAAACACUGAAGCCAAAAAUAUGAACAACACAAGAAGAAAAUCUUAGAAAGGACAAUACAAAUGUAUUCUGGAUGGAGCCCUUUGGCACUGAUGAGUUAACUUACAACUCAGAUCCUGAUGUAAAUGGAAAAUGUGUGCAUACUGGAGGACGGGCCAUAGAGGAAACAUUGUCCUGUUUCUGUGUAUUCCUCUGCCCUCCUGUUUACAGAUCUCCUGGCUUCCCUGUCUUUUUUUAUCCUGGCAACACAAGAUACAACAGAGAGCUGUGCAGGCAUCAUAUAAAUGAGUCACUUUUCAUAUUCAACCAAUCUUUGGUGCGCCCCUCUGAUCCAAAGCAGGCAAUAAGUAUUGAUUAUUUGGCACGUGCUUUUAAAGAAAUAGGUGACGCCUGUGAGGAUCAAGACUCCUUGAUUUGCCAUAUUCAACGUAUAGGUGAUAGGAUAGAAGAUAAACCUACAUGGUUCACCUACUUUUCACAUGUAGUCCCCCAAACAAAGUCCAUGAUUACUUCUGCUGCUGGUCAUUUACUCACAAGCAUUUUCACACAGAGACAUGGAAGUGACCAUGAUGCUCCAGAGCAAAUUAAGCCACUUACUGUAGCUGACCAAACCUCUGAAAACUCACUGCCAGCCCACUCUCACCUCCUACAACCCCAAGAUAGCUUCAGGAGCAGAAGAGACUCCAGCUGCUUGCCUUGUUCUCACAGUGAUCCCUCACUCAGUCAAAUAAACCUUGCAAAGAACAGGAACUUUACAAGAGCUGAAAGUUUACCUGACAUGUUGUUAAAAGACAGUUUUGAGGAGUUUACACCUGAUAUCACUGUUGAUGAAAAUGAGGAAACCUACAGGUUCCACUGCUCCUGUCCAGGCCUGUACCAGUGCAGUGUGACAGGUCUGGUGUUUCACAUGGAGGGAGAAGGGGACAUGGUUUACAGGAUUGUCCCCUGGAACCACAGGCUACUGGCCCAACAUCACAAGAAGCCUGCAGGACCCCUGUUUGACAUCAAAUGUCUCCAGCAGUCUGUGUGUCAGCUUCAUCUCCCACACUGUGAGAUCUGCUCCACAGGUGGAUGUGAAUUCUUCUCAGUUGCUCAUGUGAAUGAUGAGGGCAUUGAGUUUAUUACUCCUCAUAAGAUAACAGAAACUCAUGUCAUUAUAAACAUCACAGAGUUUUCUGGUUUUGGUAAUGUCAAGGAUAAAGACUCUCCUCCUGACCCGGUCCGAGCACUGGUGCUGCUGUUCUACAGACCUCCAACUGAUCCUGAUCCUGAAUCUGUCCUCAAUGUGUUGUUGUUACCAAAGAACGUCGUGCUGCGUGAUGUGCUGCGUAUGAGGAAGAAGUUAGUUGGAGAUGAGAGGUACAUCGACACAUCUCCACACUGUAAACUGAUCCCAAAGCAGGAGUACACACUGUCCACUAGUCCUGAAGACGACUCAGUUCUAGUUCAACCAACAGACGCAGAAUUUGAUGAGGAGUCCUACGACAACUACUUUCCAUCAUUCCAGGUGAAUUUAGAAACAAUCAUGAGAUAUAUGAAGCUGUUUCUGACAGAAACCAACAGCUCCCACUGUGUCUGGGAAAGACGAGUUUGUCUUUUGUCCACUGGAGUAAGAAAGCCCUGUGGGCAGAGUGCUCUGACUUCCCCUUCAAAUGAAAGACUGAUGGACAUACGGAUCUGCUUCAUCGAUGGGAUAUCAGGACCUGUUCUCAAAAGUCUGCUGGACAAGCUUUUACAGGAAAAAGUGAUAACUGAACCUGAGAGGGAGUCAGCGGAAGUGAUGCAAAACAUAAGAGACAAGGCUCGUUUUGUCAUCGACACGGUGAGGAAGAAAGGUGAAGCUGCGAGUUCAGAGAUGAUUGAGUUUCUGUGUGAGGUCGACCCCUUCCUCUGUGAACAUCUUGGGUUGAUCUGAAGCACAAUAGGCCCCAUACAAGAAUAUUAUUGUGUUCUUCUCCUCUUAGACAUUUUUUUCUGAGUUGUUCUCAUUUGAGUGUCUCUAGUCAGAUUCAACAAACUCUCUUAACUGCACAAAGUUUGAGAUUGCUUGUUUCAGCCUGUUGGAAGUGGCCUAAUCACAAAAAUUAUAAAACCAUAAAAUCAUUAAACCUUUCAGUAUAUUAGCAAACCAUGGUGAUAAUGAUAUGUUGAACAGAAUAUUCAUCUUGGAUUAAGUUUGUUUUAGUUGUAUAUUAUAUUUUAGUUGAUUUGAUAAAUAUCUAAACUCCAAAUUCAGUCAGAUUCAGUCAAACAAGUAUUUGUUUCUUGUGAAGGAAGGCAGAGUAUCUGUUCAGGACUCAUUAGAUAGGUCUGAACUCUUAAAUUACUACAACACAGAUACCACAAACUUGCCGAAGUCACGUACAUCCAAUCUGUACGUAUGAGAGGUUCUUGCAUGAAGCCCAUUGAAAACGUGGGAAAUACAGUUCAUGUUGACCUGGUGGCUAGAAAACGAUCAUUUAUUAUUUUCCUUGUGUGAGUGGAGCUCAGACGA